GGAUUCUCUUGGUCAAAAAUUCCCAUACUUCUUUUAGAUUAUUAGUUGACGUGCGCUUUUUACGCCAACAUUGAACAUAAGUAGUAUUAUGUGAUUAUUCGUACCAAUUUUGUGAUGUGGAUAAAUUUCACUUUUUGGAGUUAACAUAUUUUUAUUCAACCCAAAACUUAAUUUAAAUUCUAAGAUACCUGUGUAUACAUUUAUAUAAUUUAGUGACGGUUUAAAUUUAAUUUCAUAACCCAACCAUGGCCGAAACUGUGGAUAAUAUAGUUAAAACUUUUAAUGAAACAAACGAUACUAGUACAGAGUCAAUACUCAAAAAAACUCCAGCCACUCCAGAAGGAAUGUUAAUUGCCUACAUCAGUUUAGUAGUCAUGGCGUUGGUGCCCAUAUUUUUAGGAUCUUUCCGUUCAUUAAAAUUACAUUUAAAAAACAAAGUUAGUACUUAACACUAAUAAAUUAUAAUGUAUUGAUGUGUAUUAAAAAUUGUGUUUCUAGAUGAAAAAAGAAAUACCCGAAUCAAUGACGGAAAAAGAUGCUAUGAUGUUUCCAAUAAUUGCUAGUGGAGCUCUUUUUACACUUUUCAUUAUAUUCAGGGUAUAAAUUUAAAAUAUUUAUUAUUUAUCAAAUUUACAUUAAGUAUUGGUUGAUUAUAGUUAUUUUUGAAUGGUAUGCCAGUGAUUAACCAAAUAAAUGACAUACAGAACAACUACCAAAGUCCAAAAUACAUAAAACAUUUAUAUUUUUACAGUAAAUUUCAUAUUGUAAUUUAAACAUUAUUUUACUAGAUACCUACUACACUAAAAUGACACCUUACAAUCCUGAAUUAAUCUUUGAACUUCUUUUUUUUUGUUUACAUGAUCAAUUUAUAAUUUUUUAUCUUUUAAAUUUACUUAUUAUUACUUAUAAUUGUUUUACGAAUACAUAUACAUGUAUUUGGUAUUGAAAGAUUCAAAGAAAAAUAACGUAUUUUUUAAACCAUUAGUAUACAAAUAUAUUUAACCUUAUAUAAAUAAUUUGUUUUGAUAGUAAAUACUUGAUUUUUCAAAUAUAGAUAUUUUCUAAGGAACUUAUAAAUUUACUAGUUACUUCAUAUUUCUAUAUUCUUGGAGUGGCAGCCUUAAGUACUCUUUUAAGGUAACAUUAUUUUUUAUGAAUACAUGCACGUUAACAUUGUAUCAAUAAUAUGUAUGUGAUAGACAUGUAUAUUUUUUUUAGAAAUCAGUUCAGUUCCAUGUUGCCGAAAAACAUACCUAAAACCGAAUUUAACUUGAAUUUUACAAAAAACUCUGAUGAAAAUAAAAUAGAUUUGAUAAAUCUCAAAUUUACAUUACAUGAAGUUAUAUGUUUUUUGUCAUGUGCAGCAUUAGGAUCACUUUACCUGUUCAGCAAAGUAUUUUUUAUAAUUUAAUUUAGUUUUAUUAUAUUAUUUUAUGAUUUUAUUUUAAUUCUAGCAUUGGAUUGCAAACAAUAUAUUUGGUUUAGCAUUCGCUAUAAAUGGAGUAGAAAUGUUACACCUCAACAAUAUUAAAAUUGGUUGUAUCCUUUUAUGUGGUCUAUUCAUCUAUGAUAUAUUUUGGGUGUUUGGCACCAAUGUUAUGGUUACAGUAGCCAAAUCUUUUGAUGCUCCAAUCAAACGUUAGUUUUCAAAAAAAGUAGUUACUUUAAAUGUUUACAAACAAUAUUUUAUUUAAUAAUAUAUAUAUUUGUGGCUUAGUUUAAGAAGGGCUAUGUCAACAAAUAAUAAAUAUAUAUAUAUAUAUAUGUACCUGUCACAAUAAUUAUGGACUUAACAUUACAUUUUUGGAAAUACAUUUAUUUGUUGACAUCGACUCUUCUUGCAUCAAGCCACAAAUAUGAAUACAUUCAUAUAUAUAUAUAUAUAUGUAUAUAUAUAUGUAUUUAUAAAUAUAGAAAAUUAAGUCUAAUUAUUUAUAUUUAUUUUUUGUACUGCAGUUAUUUUUCCUCAAGAUUUAUUGGAAAAUGGCAUUUUAGGUGCUAACAAUUUUGCAAUGUUGGGUCUAGGGGAUAUUGUUAUUCCUGGAAUAUUUAUUGCUUUAUUGUUAAGGUUUGACCAAAGGUAUGUUAAUGAUAACGUUCUUAUAUUUUCAAAUAAAUACAUUUUAAUUCAAACAAUUUUUUUUUUUUAUUUAUAUACAGUUUAAAACGUAAAACAAACUUAUAUUUCAAUGCAACUUUUUUGGCCUACUUCUUGGGUUUACUUACUACAGUUAUUAUUAUGCACAUAUUUAAAGCUGCUCAACCAGCUUUAUUGUACUUGGUACCUGCGUGUUUGAUUACUCCAAUAUUAGUAGCUUUAGUAUCUGGAGAUUUAAAAGCUUUAUUCAGGUAAUUUAAUUUCAAAAUAUGUGUAUUUUUUCAACUUUCGUUGAUGAUAAUUAUUAUUAAUGUUAUAUUUUUACAGUUAUGAAGAUUAUAAUAUGGAAUUAGAAAAGUCUUCUAAAAAAACUAAAUAAUAUUGAACUCUCAAAAUGAUUUGUUUGUUUUCUUUUUGUAUCUGGUGUGAAAAAAUCAAAAUUGUAUUUAAAUGGAACAAUAGUUUUUCUUUUAUUAUUUAAGAUAUAUGAACAGUUACAUGAAAAAUUUUACAAAUCCAAUACUUAAUUGUUUUGUGAUAAAUUUAUUGUUUUACCCAAGCACAAAAUUAUAAAAUCAAGUAAGUUAUUGAUCUGAUUUCAAUUCUGUUAAAUGCAGUGCUGUAUAAUAGUUUACUUCUUAUCGUUAUAAUAAUUUUUGAACAUUGAAAAAUAAUUAAUUCAUAGUCCUUUAUUUUAUAUAUUUUAUUUAUUUAGUAUAAACUGAUUAAGGUAUUUUGAUUAAUCUACUAAGACAAUAAUGCAAAUUUAAAAAAAAAAACUUUGAAUUUAAAUUAUAGUACAAAUUAAAUUAUAACCCUGUAAUCUAAACAAAUUUAAAAUACCUUAUAUAUGGAUUAAUUAUUGAAAUCAGACCUUUUGCUAAGAUCCAGGUAACAUAGUUAAAACCAAUCAAUCUUGUGACUAGUCCAUGCUACUCAAAUAGUUCACUAAAUUUUAUGUUUCAAUUAUUUUAUAAAAGAUUUAUAUUUAUAUUAUUACUCUCUCAUUAAAAAAAUUGAUUGUUUUCCAUUAAAUACAAUGUUGAAGAUAUUCACCAAUUUCAUGCAUGACAUUUAACUCAUACAUAUAUGUAUUUUAUUUCCCAGGUGAAUAUAACACAAAUUAUACAAAUAGAUUUUAAUUUUGUGCUUAUUCAGUGUAUUGUCAUUUUAUAUUGAUUAAAUUGUAAUUUGAUAAAUAAUUUUUAAAAAAAGUAUAAUUUCUUAAUAGUAUUAUUAGAUUCAGAAUUUUGCAUCUUUAUUGUUAUAUUAUUUAUAUUUAUUUUAAAUUAAGUUGUCUUCCCAAUUCUAAUUUUUUAAUUAUUCAUGUUUAAUAUAAUUUUAUACAUAAUCUUUAAAUCCCUAAAUUCAUUAAAUAUUAAUUUAAAAAAAAAAAAUUGAAAUGCAAAUUAUUUUUUUAGUAACAUUGUAAAAUUAAUUAAUAUAAAAUAUUAUUAAUGUUUCUAGUAUAAUACAAGUAUUUGUUUUGCCUAUUACAGUUCAUUUUUAAGAAAAUAUAUGUGUUCUUCCAGUUAUAAAUUAAUCUGAUCUCAAUAUUGUUUUUGUCUUCUUAAACUUGUAUUGCAAUUUAUGAUCAUUAUACAAUGAAACCAUAAUACUUGUAAACUUUAUGAGUAUUAAUUAAUUAAGUAUUAAUCAUAGGGACAAUCAGGGAAAUAACCCUCUACCCCAAAGUUAAAAAAAAAAUUAAAUUGUGAUUUUGUUAUUUAUUAUUGGAAUUAUUCAAUGUGAUCAUGUUUCUAGGUAACAAUACCUAACCAGAUGACUUUGAAUUUCAAUUCCAUUUUCAGAAAGUAAAGGCCAGGUACUUAAUUACACACUUCAGGAUAAAUUACAAAUGUUUAACCAUUUCGGUGUGCUUAUCAGCAAAAAAAAUGACUUGACACCCAGUUUAAAAAAUUCCAUUUUUUUUUUCUAAAAUUAUCUAAAAUACAGCCAUCUAUAGCUGGUUAAAAAUAUGAUUUUUUUCUUUUUAUUGGUUUUUAAAAAAAUGUUAAGUAUAAUAUAUAUGUAGCUAUACAAAUAAUUUCUUCACUUUUAAAAUCUCAUCUAAUUUUUAAGUUUUAAAAAAAAGUAAUUUGUACUGCGCAUAAGUUCAUUUAAUGGGCUCUCAUACAUUUUGAGUUAUUCUUAAGUAUAUUUUAGUCUGUGUGUAUCACCUCCCGAAAAAUAAUAAAUAAAAAACCUCCCAAAAUUGUUUAACCUAGGUCAUCUGGCCAAAAUAUUUGGUGUUACCAAGAUACGCGAGCACAUUGUAUAUUUUAAUAUAACACUUAUUAUUAUUUGUAUUAAGCGACUAUUUUAUCUAUAGUUACAAGUUGUGUAGUAUUCUUAAUGUUUUUCUAUACAUAAUACAAAUUAUAAAAAUAAUGUCAAUAAAC